GUUUUUCGGUAUAACUGUUCUAGAUUUUAAUUAACAAACAUGAUCAUCUAAAUAAUAAAAAGUCGUUUGAAACGAGUGUCAGUUUCCUGGUUACGCCCGAUUUUGCGUGUCCCAUUGGAACCUGAACAGAUUCAUCAUUUUCAUCUUGACCGCGAGAAGUGGUGUGUGCUCCUUCGCUUUUGGAUUACAGUGUUACAAGGAAAUUUUGAAUCAACAUGAAGACUGACAUGAAAAGUUGUGCUCCCGUUUCUGAAAGUAGAAAAAUCAGAAAACCUUUGAUGGAGAAGAAGAGGAGGGCAAGGAUAAACGACAGCCUCGAAACCUUGAAGCAAAUCCUGCUGGAUUCCAAGACAACAUUGAAAGACUCUAAGAAAAACGGGCAAAGGACAGCUAAACUAGAAAAGGCGGACAUACUAGAAAUGACCGUCCAAUACCUUCAACAACUGCACAAGAGGUUGAACCAAAACCACUGCGAAAACAAAGUGGAAAAACAAUCCGAUGGCAUAAAAAUGACUUUGAUUCCUACGAAGCUAAAAACGGGAGAAAUUGUGUUCGUUAUGCCUGGAAAUUUGAGUCCUGUGCAACAAAAGGAGAACUUCCAGUCCAGGUUUUCAGUUAAAGACGACCAAAAUGUUUGGAGACCCUGGUAAAAAAAAUGUAUAUA